AAGUAGAAACUGCUGACCAGCAUGUAAUGGAUGUAACUGUGGCUGAUCCUGAUUUUAAAGAACAAGUGAAAGUUGCAGUUGAUGAGAAAGUUCACGUUGUGGAAAAUGAGCAAGUUGUUCUUAACAAUGAACAAGUGGACGAUCUAGCUGAGCAAAUAGAGAUGAUGAAAGAAGAUGAACAGGCAAAUGAGAAACCAAUUAUUUCUGAGAACCAAGAGAAUUUAAUUGGCGGUGGUGGAUUCGAUGAUGAUGAGCAGGAUUCUGCAGCAAUGCUGCUUCAGCCUCAUGAUCAACAGCCGGUGGUGGAAGAGCCCCAACCCCAAGAGGCAUUUGAGAUAGGUGUUGGCGCUGGCAGCAGUCCGGUUACUCCAGGGUUCUACGAGAUCCCUUCACUCUCCACUGAUUCUGCAUUAGCAAGGCCAUGGUCACCUUUCUCUUCAACUGCGGUGGAUUAUGCACCUGCAGCCAAAGACUCCAUGAAGUACACAGUCAACUCUGAGCAAAUUCUCAUGGGCCAUAUCCUUGGAAAUAAUCAGCAGUCAAGUGUUCCUCUGCCAAGCGGCAUCCAGCAGUCUUUUCACCAACACUUUCAACAAAUGCCUAUUUUUCAACAAAACAUGGCAUCUGAAGACAGCCGAAGCAAUCGUAUGUUUUUUCCCAUUGAUGAUCAAGUUCCACUGAGGAGCUUCGAAACUGGCAUUGCAAGUGGUUACACAAAUGCCACCAACAACAUCCCAGUGGCACAGUUGGAUAAUGGAAAUGGUGGAUCCCCCUACAUGAGGGCGCAGGCAAUUGCUUCCUUGAGUUCCCAGCAACCCAUGCAGCUGCAUCAGCCUGCAACUCUUUCUGGGUCCCCAGAAAUCCAAUUUCAUGGGCUGAUGGCAAAUCAGUCUACUGCAGCAUCCAAUGGCAGCCUUCCAUCGGCCGGAUACCAGAACAUCGUCAUUCAAAACGUGCUUUAA